AUGACACCAGAAUCGAAAGAGACUGUUGGUGGAACCGACCUGCGAAUCUCGUCACCGAAAUGGAACAAGCGAUUGCUCGAAACCCGACUUUUCUUCGCCUUGAAAGUAGCCCAGAUACAGCGGCAGCGAUGGAGUGAAAUGACUGAAACGGUCGGACAAGAGAAGGAUCCUACAGAGCAAGAGGGAUCUGUGAUCGGACCCGAAGCGAGAAGAUUGAGGAUUCAACCGCAGUCUUGGGGAGAGAUGAAGAAACCGGCGGGAAGUGUGAAUAGAUUUUAA